GACGAGCUCGCCGAAAUGGCCGCGUCCAGUCAAGGAAACUUUGAGGGAAAUUUUGACUCACUGGACCUUGCAGAAUUAGCUAAGAAGCAGCCAUGGUGGCGCAAGCUCUUUGGGCAGGAAUCUGGGCCCUCUGCUGAAAAGUAUAGCGUGGCAACCCAGCUGUUAAUUGGAGGAGUUACUGGAUGGUGCACAGGUUUCAUAUUCCAGAAAGUUGGAAAGUUGGCUGCAACAGCUGUGGGAGGUGGAUUUUUUCUCCUUCAGCUUGCAAACCAUACUGGGUACAUCAAAGUUGACUGGCAGCGAGUAGAGAAGGACAUGAAGAAAGCCAAGGAGCAGCUGAAAAUCCGUAAGAGCAACCAGAUACCUACUGAAGUCAGAAGCAAAGCUGAGGAGGUGGUAUCAUUUGUGAAGAAAAAUGUUCUCGUGACAGGGGGAUUUUUUGGAGGCUUUCUGCUUGGCAUGGCAUCCUAAGGAGGACGACUUCAUUUGCAUUGUUCCUAUUUUUUGUUUUUCUUCCAUCAUUCAUCAGAAAGUAUCAGUUGUGUUUUUGCAGCCAGCAGCCUCUACACUCUGUCAUAGGACACUGAGCCUCCUCCUCCCCUUCUCCUCUUCUCUCAUGCCUUCCUCCCUGCAGUGGCUGGACUGAAUGGUUUUCUGUAGGCAUCUUUCAGUACAACUUAACUAUUGGCCCUAACUUGAGCUUGAUGGUGAUGGAAGACACUAUAGACAUUACUGUACACUCCCUACUUGGCUAAUUUGUAGGUCAGCAAGAAUGUUUCUUUCCUCCCUAUAUAAGAUACUUAUCAGAACACAUCACAAGAUGGCUCACCGUGGAGGAUGAAUGGAUCCUGAAAGGUUGUCCC